UUUUAAACCGGAUUAUACAAAGAGAAAAAAGCAAUCAAAAACACAUGUUAAUUGAGCAUAUUUACUAUUUCAGACUUUAAAACAUAAGUUAUAUACUAAUGGAUAGAAGGAGUCGAAUACUUAUUAUUAUAGUUGUCUUUAUGAUAACCGAAACAUCGACAGAACAAAACUGUAGGAACGUGGUAGACUGUAUAGAGAAUUAUGGUGCUGUGACUUCAUUAACAUUUGUACCCGACUAUGACAAUUUCCAUCGAAAUACAUACACAUUGUUCCUCCAAACAUUGUGCAACAACUUGAUUUAUUACCGAAGCUGUCAAAUUAAUGAUCACGAUAUACUGAUAACAUCAUGUCAAUAUCUCAUUGGUGAAUUUGAGGCCGACUUGUCUGUCUCUCAGGAAAACAGGGAUGCGCUUGGGAAUGUACAGUGCGCACAAAUCAAUGGUAAUAUCAACUACUGUGAAUUCAUUAUUAUUCGUUGGAUACGAAUUUUCUAG